CUUUUGAAUAACGGUUUUUUGGUUUGUUGUGUCGUCAGACGACUGGCUAAAUUGAUUAACGUUUUACGCAAGAAGGAACGUUUUGCGAUAAGCAUUGAUUUAUGUAUGUUUCGAAUGUUGCAUAUCGUCGUCACUUGCUCUAUAUGUUGCGUUGUUCUGGGGGAUCCCCUGGAUUAAUUCCACUGUGUGGUUGAGUUUUUCUUCUAGUAAGUAGACAGAAGUGAGCGUGGAAGGGGGCAUUUUACUGGAUGUACCUACGAGUUGUUAUUACUGCUUCGAACAGCUAUUCUCUUGUGCUUUGUUAAUGAUUCUAUCAAAGUUAAAGAUAACAGAACUUGUAGCUCUUUCUUAGCUUUUGGUUUUUGUUUUUAUUAUCAAACAAGUUGGAAACAGAAUAGCCCAUCGUUUUUUUAAGUGUCGUUAUACUGCAAAGCAUAGUUUAGUGAACGUUGAGGUUUUGUUAUGAACGUGCAAUGAAGCCAACUACAUGUUUGUUUAUGUGUUGUAUUUUGGAGAUGUCAAGAUGGACAUAUUCAAAAAGAAUGUGUAAUUUGGAAGGUGAAUGUACAGCAACUAAUGGUCACCAAGGUAAAUUUGUUUUAAUCACGAGCUGUCCAGCAUUACUCAAAAUUGCCAUGAGUCCAACAAUUUCAUUAAAGCAGAAAAAGCAUCUCGAGGCACAUACAUGUGGAGACCAUGUUUGUUGUGAAGCGCCAAUGAUUUUGACCACUGCUCCCACCACUACUGCUAGUAGAAGCAUUCCUGAAUCUGAUUAUGAAGAUAUACCCACCACUGACAUUAUUCCUAGUAAUAGAAUGCUUGAAUCUGAUAAUGAUGAUUCAUCAUUACUACCGGAAGAGAAUGAUUGUGGCUUGGAACCCGGAGUGGAACGAAUCAUCGGUGGAAAUGUUACUAAAAUAGAUCAAUUUCGAUGGACGGUGGCUUUGGAUUUCGAUUCCCCAAGCAAAAAAGGCGUUCGGUGUGGAGGUUCACUGAUCAACACAAGAUAUGUAUUGACUGCAGCACAUUGUGUAGGCAAAGUGCGAGAAGAAGAUCUUACUCUUCGCUUGGGUGAAUGGGAUAUCGAUCAACAUAAAGAUUGCGAAAAUGACGAUCCAGAAGAUUGCAAUCCUGAAGUUAUAUUUGCGGAAGUGAGCCAGAUAAUUAUUCAUCCCGGAUAUAGAAGAAAUGGUCACGAUAUUGCGCUCAUAAGGAUGAAGCAACCUCUGCCAAAGAAUUACACGACACAUAUUUUGCCCAUAUGUUUGCCAAAUGCAACUGAUCUCAUUCACAAUUCUUUUACCAACAAAAAUGUCAGUGUUGUUGGUUGGGGGCGAGCAGAGAAUGUAACCACAAGUCGGUACAAAAUGUAUGCAGAGAUUACAACUAUAAGCAAUGAGAAGUAUAAACAUGUCACAGGAAAACCAAUAGAAGAUAAUCAAAUGGCUGCUCAAUCCUCAUCGAAGGCCUAUCGUGACUCCUGUACUGGCGACUCAGGAGGUCCCUUACAAAUUCAAAUAAAUGGUACGUACUAUCUCAUUGGGAUUAUCAGCCACGGACCUCGUUGUGGAGAAUAUACGAUACCAGCGGUUUACACCAGAGUCACGUCAUACAUGGAAUGGAUAUUGAAAUCAAUAAAACAGUAUAUGUAACAGUCACUAUCAAUAUUUUGAAACCGUCAACAUGAAACUCGUUUCAAUAUACCAAUAAAUAUUUGAAUAUAAUUGAAAAAUAAU